UACAAAAUCAGCAGGGGAUCAAAUACUUUUUUCCCUCACUGUAGUACGCUGUGACUGUCCCUUGAUUAGACUUGGAGUAAAACUGAAGGUUACUUUUUGAAAUGCCAGGAUUUUUGUCUUGAUGUUGCGUUAUCAGACCCAUGUUGAUUUUGCCCUUGUUGCCUUGAUGUCUGCUCUUUACAAUAAUGUGGUUAUCGAAAACUGGAAGAGAGAUAUGAAUACAGCGAUAGGAGAAAGGGGGGGGGGGGGGCUGCUCCUCCUCCGCCUCACCUCCCCACAAUCUCUGUACUCCAAAGCCUCUCAUGUUUUGAGAUGAGACUGAGCUGCCCUGUGUGUGCGUGGGCAUUCUACCUACGUACGAACUUCCAUACCGAGUCACUGUGCGCUGUUGACCAGUGGCACCAAGAGCACCGUGAUCAUCAAGCCCCCUCCCAGGUUCUGUUCGCUCAGCAGCCGCAUGGCUCUGAACAAAUAGAUAGAGCCGUGGCUUCGUGUAGGGCACGUGAGAGCAAGUACACGCGACUCCAUUAAGUGGCACGUGUACACCGAUAUUUACGGAGCUCUUUUAGCAAAGAAGCACAACGCACACCUGUUUUCACAAUUCCGAUGCAGAACGAAAUAACCGGAGUGUAAAAGCCCUUGUGCGAAUACUGAAACUUGUUCACGAAAAAAAUGUUACCACAAGUGGAGCAACAAACCAGUACAACUGCCUUAUCGGAAAUCACGAACGCCCGGCUUAUCACUGCAGCACACGUGUGGGGACCAUGGUGAGGUUGUGAGCCGUGACGUCACAGCUCGCGCACAGGACAGGGGGAGAGAGAGGGGGGAACCGCUGCUUGGCUAUCGGCGGCGGCCACAGCGGCCACGUAAGCCGCACGCUCGCUCUCUCCGCGGACGUCUCCCAGCUGCGGUUCUCCACCGGUGCAGUUUCUUCGCAAGAAGACAAUUCAGACAUUUCAGUGGGGUUUUGUUCCUUUGAACAAUAUAGUUCCGUGGCUUAAUAGAUGUUUAAAAGUGAAUACAUUGCGGCCAUUGAAGGUGAGCGGUGUGCACAAGCAUCACGGGCAUGUGCAGGCGUGAGCAGAAUGCCGUAUGUGGAUCGGUUCAAUCGCAUCUGUGGCUUCUUGGACAUUGAGGAGUGCGAAGGCAGCGGGCGCUUCCAGCGGCGAUACUUCAUCCUAGAUGGCUCCGCCAACAGCCUCGUGUGGUACAUGGACAAUCCACAGAACCUGCCGGAAGGAGCGACAAAUGUUGGAUCUCUUAACCUCACCUACGUAAACAAGGUCAGCGAUGCAACAAAGGUGCGGCCCAAGGCAGAAUUCUGCUUUGUUAUCAACUCAGGGAUGAGGAGAUUUUUCCUGCAAGCCAACGACCAACAAGACCUCAUUGACUGGGUGGAGGCCCUCAACAAUGCCAGCAAGAUCACGGUGCCCAGGCCGUGCACCCCGUCCUCGGCGUGCGGGAGGAGCUCCGUGGCCAUGGAGGCGGCGCUGCUGCGUUCCGCUCACGCUGGGCCCUACCGUACCGAGGUGAUCGGCGGUGUCGUGCUGCAGCUGCCCGUCUCACAGCCGGUGGUGGAUGCAGGUGGACACUCCGUCAGUGUGGAGCAGGAGAAACCCGGAUCCCUGCGCCGCACCCAAAGCCAGUCCCCUCGCGCUGUCCACCGCGAGUCGCCAACUCAGCCGUUUGCACUGAAGACGGGCUACUGCGUCAAGCAGGGGGGCAUGAUGAAAACCUGGAAAAGGCGCUUCUUUGUACUGAAUGAAUGCACCAUCAGUUACUACAAGUCUGAAUUUGAGAGAGACCCUCUGCGCACCAUUCUAAUAAAGGACGUAAUCAAGGCAAAAGAGAACAGCCAUGGGGAAAUACUCAGGAGAGAUAACUUGUUUGAAAUCGUCACAACCAACAGGAUUUUCUACAUCCAAACAGAGAGUCCGGAAGAGAUGCACAACUGGAUCAAGGCCAUCUCAGGAGCCAUUGUGGCUCAGCGAGGCCCAGCACGAGCUGCAGCCAUGGAGUUUCCAGAGACAGGCGUCGCACCUUCCACCGGAAACUCUGGGGCCAGGGACGCGUACGACGGAGGAGCCACCGAUUCCGUGCCCCCCCACGACCGCACGUCUGCCGCAUCCGGCGCCGCCGCAGCCGUCUCCCGUUCGCGACCCAAGUCCGCCGUUUGGCAGCCUCCUGCUGCCUUUGCACAAGCUCGGCAGUGGCAGACACAGAGCAUGCGUCUCAGCGGGCAGGGAAGCAGGCAAGUAGGUAGCCGUCUGGCCCGCCAGCACAACCAGUCAUCGCUGAAGUCAGCGCGCGCCACUACGGUGGCGACGGCGUCAGGGCCGUCGCGACACGGAGCCACAAUCCACCACCUGUCCAUCGCUGACAGCUGCGAUGACGAGGCCCUGCCCAGCACUACUGUGUGAGGACCUGUGCUUGCGAAGGGAUCCUCUCGAGCGUUGCUCGGCUACGAAUCACCUGCCAUUGGUUUAUAAUUCAGCUCCAAAGGGCACAACCACUGUGUGUCGCAUCCCGGACAAGUCGUGCCCCCGGCCUACGAAGGCCGCGGGCAGCGCCGAGUCGGGUCGACGCGUCUCAUUCAGGGCGUUUCUCUGCCGUGUUACUGUGGCCAUUGUUCGCGGUGACCUGGAAAUCUGCUGCUGAAGUACCUUGAAACCAUCUCUCGUGAACAAAACGCGCAACUGCCAUUGUGCCUGUUUAAUACGGUGCCAUUCUGAGUCAUUGAAUUUAUUUAAGGUUUAGGCGUUAGCACGUAUACACGUACCAUGAGUACAGUUCACACGGUGCAUGGCACGCUUGUGGUAAGGCAGCCCGCACCUCUUGCAGUUCCCACAGUUGUCGUUUAGGAACCGUUCGUCAUGGUUUCCGAACACCCAAUGGCCGCCACGGCUCAUGCCCUGUGCGGAGAGCACUGUUGGGUGCAGGCCGUGGGGGGUCCAGUGCGGCUCGGAGCGGAUGCGUGUGUGUGGGGAGGGGUGCCUUGCUGGCGUGUGGUGCUGCACAAACGCAAUUCCUUAUAUUGGCAAAUCUCAGUGCUCCUUGGGCAAAAUGUCGGCUGUGAAUUUGUAUCCUUAUUUCAUCACCACUUGCACGUUACAGCUGCCUGUAAUGUGCUGCUGCUGCUGCUCAUGUUUCUGGCUGGAAUUUGACACCUCGAGAAUUCUGAUCUGGAGUUGAAUAGUGAGUGGGUGAAGAGAGGACGUGCGCUUUGUGGCACAGUUGCCCAGAAUUUCCCUCUGGGUUUUUGCAAAUCCACCAGUUCACCAUGCAGCGAGCGGCGCAGCCGUGCAUGGUCGCCUGCACACCGACACGUGUGUGUGCGCGCGCGGUAGUGUAGUGGUUUAAUUCGUGGAGCUGAGUGGACUUGC